AUGGCGUCCCUCACCCCCCGGAAACUAUGGCAACACCCCUCCCCCGAGUCGACGCGAAUGGCCCAUUUCCAGCGCGAGCUGGCCAAGACCGCUGGGCAGAGACUGGACUCAUUUCAGGAGAUGUAUCUCUACUCCAUCCAGAACCGGACUGCAUUCUGGGACUUUUGUUUCAAUUACUUCCAACUCAUCCAUGAGGGAUCUUACAGCCAGGUUGUGGACGAGUCCGCACGCAUGGAUAGCGUGCCUGAAUGGUUCGCUGGGAUUCGGCUGAACUUCGCGGAGAACCUGCUGUUUUCGCACUAUGCUGGCGAUAAGACUGGGAAAGAAGACGAGAAGAUUGCGGUCACGGAAGUUCGUGAGGGCGCGGCGAAGGACGCGGUGCAUCUUUCGUGGGCAGAGUUGAGGAGGAAGACGGGCGUAUUGAUGCAGGCUAUGAAGGCGAAUGGGGUGAAGAAGGGUGAUCGCAUUGCGUUGUGUGCAGCGAACAGUAUUGAUACCCUGCUGGUCUUCCUGGCGUCGACUGCCCUGGGUGCCAUCUUCUCAUCCAGUUCUACCGACAUGGGGGUCAAGGGCAUAUUGGAUCGGCUGCUGCAAAUUCGGCCGCGGUGGCUGUUCAUGGAUGACCAGGCUGUCUAUAACGGGAAGAAAAUUGACUUACGAGACAAGAUGAGAGAUAUCGUGGGCGGCAUGGAGUCGGUCGCCGAGUUUGAGGGCAUUGUCUCGCAGCCACGAUUUUCUUCCAGUCCCGCUGACAUCAACCAUAUCCCCAAGACAUGUACGCUCUCCGCCUAUCUUGCAAGAGCAGGACCGGGGAAUGAUCGUCUUGAAUUCGAGCGGGUCGCCUUCCGAGAUCCUUUUCUGGUGGUUUACUCGUCCGGCACGACAGGCCAGCCCAAGUGUAUCGUCCAUUCUGUGGGAGGCGUACUCCUGAAUGCCCACAAGGAAGGAGGAUUGCACAGUGAACUGAGCCCAGAAAGCGUUGCAUUGCAAUAUACUACGACUGGCUGGAUCAUGUAUCUGUCCGCCAUGCAGACUCUGCUAUUCGGGUCGAGGGUGGUGCUCUACGACGGUAGUCCAUUUAUCCCGGAUGUCAUGGCAUUGGUGAACAUUUCCGCUCAAGAGAAGGUAACACAUCUGGGAAUAUCUCCGCGAUGGCUCCACGAACUACAGCGAGCCAACCUGAAGCCGCGCGAGUUGGUCGAUCUGCGCGCCUUGAAGGUGGUCACUAGCACCGGCAUGGUCUUGCGGGAUGCACUGUUCGAGUGGUUCUACGACGACGGCUUCCCGUCCCAUGUGCGCUUGAACAAUAUCUCCGGCGGCACUGAUCUUGCUGGGUGCUUUGGGACUGGCAACCCGCUUGUCCCGGUGUAUGUGGGGGGAUGCGCGGGAUGCAGUCUCGGUGUGCCGGUGGAGGUUUACGAUUCGACGAUCGAAGGAGGCCAGGGCGUGAAGGGGGUCCCGGUGGAAGAGGGCGUUCCUGGCGAGCUCGUGGCUACCUCUGCAUUUCCCAACAUGCCCACUCAGUUCUGGGGCGACGACAGCGGGAAGAAGUACCACGACGCAUAUUUUGCUCGGUUUGACAAUGUGUGGACUCACGGAGACUUUGUCUCAAUCCAUCCCACCACGAAACAGCUCAUGUUUCAUGGCCGCGCGGACGGGGUGCUCAACCCCUCCGGCGUGCGAUUUGGAUCUGCAGAGAUCUAUCGAGUAAUUGAAGGCCAAUUUUCCAACGAGAUCGCCGACUCGAUCUGCGUCGGCCAGCGGCGCCCCACCGAUACCGAUGAGCGGGUGCUGCUCUUCCUGCUCAUGAAGCCCGGGGCGGCGUUCACGGCCAGCCUGGUGGAGCGAGUGAAUCGGGCCAUUCGUAGCGAGCUGAGCCCCCGCCAUGUGCCCAUGUUCACCUUUGAGACGCCCGAGAUCCCGACCACGGUCAACCUGAAAAAAGUGGAGUUGCCGGUGAAACAGAUUGUGUCGGGCAAGAUCAUUCAGCCGUCGGGGACGCUGCUGAACCCGGGCAGUUUGGAGUAUUACUACCAGUUUGCGGAGGUUGAGAAGUUGAGUCGCGGCAGCAAGCUGUAG